GAUAAGAACAGUGAGUGACCCAAGACGAACAGAAAGUGAUGCAAAAUGGCAGAGGCCAGUGUUGUAUUGGGCCAAGACCAGUUUAGCUGUCCAAUCUGUCUGGAUCUACUGAAGGAUCCAGUCACUCUUCCCUGUGGUCACAGUUUCUGUAUGGACUGCAUCACAGGCUGCUGGGAUCAGGAAGAGCUGAAGGGAGUCCACAGCUGCCCACAGUGCAGACAGACCUUUACACCCAGACCAGUUCUGGGCAGGAACACAAUGCUGGCUGAAGUGGUGGACAAACUGAAGAUCAUGGGAUUCCAGGCUGCUCCUCCUGCUCAGUGUUAUGCUGGACCUGGAAAUGUGGAGUGUGAUGUCUGUGUUGGGAGAAAACAAAUGGCAGUCAAGUCCUGUCUGGUGUGUCUGUCCUCUUACUGUAAAACUCACCUCAGAGUUCAUAAUGAUCUCAACCCAGGGAAGAGACACAAAGUGGUUGAUGCUGCUGGUAAACUAGAAGAUCUGAUCUGCUAUCGUCAUAAUAAACUGCUGGAGGUCUUCUGCUGCACUGAUCAGACAUGCAUAUGUGUGCUGUGUGUCAUGGAUGAACACAGAGGACAUGAUACAGUUUCAGCUGCGGCCGAGCGAGUUGAAAAACAGAAACAGUUAGAGGAGAGCUGCAGAAAAACCCAGCAGACAAUCCAUCAGAGACAUAAGCACCUGCAGCAGAUGAAAGAGGACAUUAAGUCUCUUAAGCACUGUGCUCAGGCAGCAGUGGAGGACAGUGAGAGGAUCUUUACUGAAAUGAUCCGCUCCAUUGAGAGAAGACGCUCUGAGGUGACACAGCAGAUUAGAGAUCAGGAGAAGGCUGAAGUGAGUAAAGCUGAAGAACUUGUGGAGAAACUGGAGAAGGAGAUUGCUGAGCUGAAGAAGAGAGAUGCUGAGUUGAAGCAGCUUUCACAAACAGAGGAUCAUACAAGCUUUCUCCGGAGUCUUCAGUCUCUGUGUUCUUUGACUGACCCAGUGGAUUCAUCAUCCAACCUCAGUGUGUGUUCAGAUGUGUCAUUUGAAGAAGUGAAGGAGAAUGUGUCUCAGUUGAAAGACAAAGUGGAAGAUUUACUGAAGUAUGGAGCAGACCAGAUUUAUAUGAGAGCAAAAGCCACCAGACAAGACUUCCUAACAUACUUAUGCCAACUCAAUCUAAAUCACAACACAGCAAAACCAAAUCUUUAUUUGUCUGAUAGUAAUAAUGAAGUCACUUUUAAACUUAAGACACUGUCAUAUCCUGACAAUCCAGAGAGAUUUGACUAUUGGCCACAGGUGCUGUGUAAGGAGGCUGUAACUGGAAGAUGCUACUGGGAGGCGGAGUGGAGCCCGGGUGACAUAGACACGGAAUGGGGAGGUUUUGUAGCAGUGUCCUACAAAGAGAUCUGCAGAAAGAGACGAGGCCAAGAGGUUCUGUUUGGGUUCAACAAGCACUCUUGGAGUUUAGACUGCUGGUCCACUAAAUGCUCUUUCAUACACAAUGAAGAGGUGACGCAACUCGGUGUUAUUCCCAGCAGAAGAAUUGGAGUGUAUGUGGAUCACAAAGCUGGAAUUCUGUCUUUUUACAGCAUCUGCAUCUGUGACAAAAUGACCCUCCUGCACAAAGUCAAGACCACAUUCACUCAGCCACUCUAUCCUGGUUUUUGUUUACGUUAUUUAAACACAAAAGUGAAGCUAUGCCAUUAGGUAUGCCAUUUUGUUUGGGUGUCACCUGUCUCAGUCAAAUGCAUAUUUAGUGCCAAAAUUGAAAAAUGUGCUUAUUUAGGAAGCCCGGGGCAUUUUUGAGACAAAGUUGGCAACCAGUCUUACUUUGUCAAUUUGGGUGUGCUGAAUUAAAAUCUGCAAUACAAGCUCUAUCUGAGCUCUGGUGACCUAUAGAGGUCAUUGAACUGUGGGGCUGUAAGCGUCCUAGCUGAACACAGUUCCUCAGCUUCAUAAGCAAUGAAAUGUACUAAAAUGAUUAAUUAAGUUAACAAAUGGCCUUGUUUGGUAAAUAUUGGGGUGCUGAAUUGACUUUUUCAUUUGCAAAACCACAUAUGACCUCUGAUAACCUCAAGGUUAUCAGAGGUCAGUGGUGUCAUUGAUAAUGAAAUGUUGUCCCAUUCCAGUUCCAGGUUCCAGUUCACCUAAUUAGUUGUGAAAUGUUCUUCCUUUUGUUGUCUUUAUCAUUACACCACUUUUCCAGCCUGUUGCCCCCAUCCUAACUUUUUUAAGACAUGUUGCUGGCAUCAAAUUCAAAAUGUGCUUAUAUUUUCAAUGAAAUAGUCAAAUGUAUCUCCUUCAACAAUUGAUAUGUUCUCAAUCAAAUAUAGGGUUAACAUGAUUUGUAAAUUAUAUCAUUCUUUUUUAUUCACAUUUCACAGAACAUCCCAACUUUUUCAG